AUGGGCUCUCUUACACCACAACCAUCCCAGCCCAAUAAAAAGGUCCAUCUCAACUUCUUCGAGACCGCCUGCACCGGCGGACACGAAUGCGCCGGUCAAUGGGCUCGACCGGGCGACAAUUCACCCAGCAAAGACCGACUGGACUACUAUCUCAACAUGGCGAGGCUGGCGGACAAGGCCAAAAUCACCGCCAUCUUCUUCGCCGACUCGUAUGGCGCCCACGACAUCUACGCCGGCAGCCCGGACGCCGUGUUUCGAGCGGGGGUGCAGGUGGCCAAGUUGGACCCGAUGGUGCUGAUUCCGGCGAUGGCGGCCGUCACCACCUCCGUCUCGUUCGGCGUCACCGGCAGCACCAGCUACAUCCACCCGUUCGCACUGGCCCGCACCAUGAGCAGUCUCGAUCAUUUGACCAACGGCCGCGUGGCCUGGAACGUCGUCACCAGCUGGUCGGCCGCCGCGGCCGAGGCCUUUGGUAAGGACCUGCUGCCGCAUGACCAGCGCUACGAGGUAGCCGACGAGUAUAUGGAUGUGGUGUACCGGCUGUGGAACGGCUCAUGGGCCGACGAUGUGGUUAAAUGGGACCGCAUCAACCGCGUGGCCUACGACCCCAAGCGCGUGGUCAAGAUCGACUUUGAGGGCAAGCAUAUCAAGAUGAAAGCCCGACAUCAGCUCCAUCCGUCACCACAGCGGACGCCAGUCAUCUUCCAAGCAGGCACCUCCAAAGUCGGCCAGGCCUUCGCGGCCCGACACGCCGAGGCCGUCUACAUCGGCGGCCUGGUCCCAUCACAAGCCAGCUACCAGAUCCGCGCCAGCCGCGAGAUAGCACGCGCAGCCGGCCGGGACCCGACGACGAUCAAAUUCUUCGCCGCCAUCAACCCCAUCCUCGGCCGCACGGUCGACGAGGCCCAGGCCAAGUACGCCGAGGCCUUGAAGUACGCCGACAUCGAGGGCGCCCUGGCCCAGUUCUCCGGCUACACCGGCAUCGACCUCAGCCGGUACCCGCUCGACGAGGAGUUCAAGCUGGACAUGUCGAACCCGAAGGAGAACGCGGUGCAGGGCUUCUUCGGCAACUUCGCCGACAGCCAGAAGGCGGGUGACGUGUGGACGCCGCGCAAGCUGGGCGAGAAGAUUGCCAUUGGGGGGUUUCACCCUUCGCCGGUGGGGACGGCGGCCAUGGUGGCAGAUGUGAUGGAGGAGUGGAUCGACGAAGCCGACGUCGACGGCUUCAACAUGGCCUAUAUCAGCAACCCCGGCUCCUUCGAAGACAUCGUCGAGCUACUGAUGCCCGAACUCCGCCGCAGAGGUCUCGUCUUCGACGACUACGCCGUCCCCGGCGGCACGUUUCGAGAAAACCUGCUGCGCGAACCGGGCCAGAAGACCUUGCGGGCCGACCACUAUGGAAGCCAGUUCAAGUUUGAGGGGGACUUUCCUUAUACCGAACCGGCUAAGAAGUGA